AUGCGAGGAUGCCUGCAAGUGCUCCGAUGGCUGAGCACAUCGAACGCACGGCGCCCGGUGUCCUCAGGACCGCUCCAUGAGAUCUUUUCCAACAGCGAAUUCCGGCGUCCGUUCACAAGCACCAUCCUGCGACAAGCACAAGCUUCCAGGAACGUCUCGGAUCUCGAGAAACGAAUCGCAGACAUCCCCAUCGAACGUUUCCGAAACUUCUGUAUCGUCGCCCACGUCGACCAUGGCAAAAGUACACUGUCGGAUCGACUUCUUGAACUCACCGGCGUGAUCCAACCGGGCUCGAAUAAACAAGUCCUCGAUAAACUAGACGUCGAAAGAGAACGCGGUAUCACCGUAAAAGCUCAAACAUGUACAAUGCUCUACAAUCAUAACGGCGAAGACUAUCUUUUGCAUCUCAUCGAUACACCCGGCCACGUCGAUUUCCGCGCCGAGGUAUCUCGAAGCUACGCCAGUUGCGGGGGAGCUUUAUUGCUUGUCGAUGCCAGUCAGGGCGUACAAGCGCAGACCGUUGCGAAUUUCUAUCUAGCUUUUGCGCAGGGAUUGGAGCUUGUGCCUGUGCUGAAUAAAGUGGAUUUGCCGUCUGCGGAUCCGGAGCGUGCUCUUGAACAGAUGAGGUCGUCAUUUGAGCUUGAUACGGAUAAUGCGAUCAAGGUAUCUGCUAAGACGGGGCUGAAUGUUGCUCAAUUGCUGCCGACUGUGAUUGAGCGGAUACCAGCACCCGUCGGCGACCAUACGAAACCUCUACGAAUGCUACUCGUCGAUUCAUGGUAUUCAACCUAUAAAGGGGUUAUUCUACUGGUACGAGUAUUCGAUGGCGAGAUUCGUGCAGGAGAUCAAGUCGUGUCCUUUGCCACUGGACUGAAAUACUACGUCGGCGAGGUCGGAAUCAUGUAUCCCGAUCAAACUCCUCAAACAACCCUACGAGCAGGCCAAGUCGGCUACAUUUACUUCAAUCCCGGUAUGAAACGCAGUAAAGAAGCUAAGAUCGGAGAUACAUUCACCAAAGUCGGUUUCGAGAAAAAAGUCGAGCCUCUGCCGGGAUUCGAAGAGCCCAAAUCCAUGGUAUUCGUGGCGGCAUAUCCCAGCGAUGCAGAUCAUUUUGAGCAUUUGGAGGACAGCGUCAACCAGUUAGUAUUGAAUGAUCGAAGUAUUACAGUGCAAAAGGAGUCAUCGGAGGCUCUUGGGGCCGGAUUUCGCUUAGGAUUCUUGGGAACGCUGCAUUGCUCUGUCUUUGAGGAUCGACUGAGACAUGAGCACGGUGCUAGUAUUCUUAUUACUCCGCCCACAGUACCUGUCAAAGCCAUAUACAAAGACGGUAAAGAAGUUACAAUCACCAAUCCAGCGCAUUUCCCGGACGAAGAUGAGAUCCGUGCUAAAGUGGCCGAACUUCGUGAGCCAUAUGUGAUGGCUACAUUGACGUUUCCAGAUGAAUAUCUCGGCAAAGUUAUUGAACUCUGUGAGGCGAACCGCGGCAUUCAACACACACUCGAAUAUUUCACAUCCUCCCAGGUCAUUCUCAGAUACGAACUACCAUUGGGCCAGCUAGUCGAAGAUUUUUUCGGCAAACUCAAGGGUUCUACCAAAGGCUAUGCAACCCUUGACUACGAAGAAGCCGAAUGGAAAGUCAGCAACAUCGUCAAGCUUCAGCUACUUGUCAACAAGAAGCCAGUCGACGCCGUAGCACGCAUUGUGCAUUACAGCCAAGCUGAGCGCCUGGGUAAACAAUGGGUCACAAAAUUCAAGGAACAUGUCGACCGACAGAUGUUUGAAAUCAUCAUCCAAGCCGCUGUGGGACGCAAAAUCGUCGCUCGAGAGACCAUCAAGCCGUAUCGUAAAGAUGUGUUGGCUAAGCUACACGCUGCUGAUAUCGGGAGGAAGAAGAAAUUGCUGGAAAAGCAAAAGGAGGGACGAAAGAGACUGAAUGCAGUUGGAAAUGUGGUAAUUGAACAUAGCGCUUUUCAAGCGUUUUUGUCUAAAUGA